AUGACGAGUUCAUCGGACCUUGUUUGGACUCUCAGACGUGCCCCAGCGCCCGCAGGUUCAGGUCAUCUCACUAACCUUCCGCCCCCCACGGGAUACAAGAAGAUGAAGAAUCACCUGACUGAAGCCUGGGUUGCCCUGUUGAUGAGUCUUUUCAGCAGACACACUUCGGGUGCCUCUCCUCGUCUUGUUCCCUCUUCAGAGGAGGCUUCCUUGAUGACUCUGACAACUCAUGCUUUGGCCGCCGUCCUUGAGGCUUCCCCGAAACCUCUUUGUUCUGCUCUGUUUCUGACGGAAGGUUCUCUCUCUUCUUACUCUUUAUUCCAGUUGGCGCAUUGGGUCCCUGCUCCCCGGGGUGUGGGCGUCUUUGAAGUGACUCUAAGCGACCUCAAGGAUAACGCAACAGAAACAGAAAUCUCCUCAGUUAUCGCCAAAGCAAGGAAAAUGCGUGAAUUGUCGUGGUGCGUGAACGUGGUCGUCCUGAGCGACGACCCCGCCUUCCUGGCCUCGUUCGCCGAGUCGUCGCUCCGGGGCCGCCUCCUGGUGUGGGCCACGAGGCUCCUGGUCGUCACCCGCCUGCCCCUUCACGAGCUCCGGCGGCUCCUCUCCUCCUCCUGGACCUUCUCCAUGAUGAACGCUAUGCCGUACGGUAUAGCUGAAGGAGAGCUGUUACACCUAGCGACCUGGGCACCUGGGCACGGCAUCCACGUCAAAGGCGGGCUGGAGCUCUUCCCGGAAAAGUUUGAAAACUUCCACGGCGCCGAGGUGGGCGUGACAGCCUUGUCAUUCCGCCCGUACUGGAUCGAGGAGGAGACGACGGGACAAGACGGAGCCCUUCAUAAGACGUACACUGGCUCCGACGGACUCCUUUUGGGAACGAUUGCCGAGGGUCUCAAUUUUACCUUCACGCCUCUUCCGGUCUCUACUUGGGCAGAAGUGACGCAGCGGGUCGUCGAGAGGAGAUCGCUCAUGGCGGUCGUGCACCACGUCCUUCUACCUCAACGCAAAGAACGUUACGACUACACCUACACCUACGAGCAAAUCCUGUUCGACUUUUGCAUGGCCAGACCCUCGCUCACGCCUCAGUGGCAGAGUCUUUACUACCCGCUGUCUGACGCUGUGUGGGCUUGCAUCUUGGCCGCUGUCUUCUUCAUGGCCGUGGUCUUGUAUAUGGUCACCAACGCGACCAGGCAAGAAAGAAGCAAGAAAUUUAGUCCAUGGAACGUGACCGAACUCACCCUGGCCUCUCUGCUCGGCCAGUCUGUACCUCUCGGCAGGAGCACCAACGCCUUUCGAGUUUCAGUGGCUUGUUGGCUCGUCUUCGCCUUCGUCGUGGGCACCGCCUACCGGGGCAACCUCACCGCCGCCCUCACGCUGCCCAAGUACCCUGACAGACCGGAAACCAUUGAGCAACUCGUCAAGGCGGUGGACAGCGUGACUAUGCCGAGUUACGGAGCCGAAUUCCAAGCCUUUUUCCUGAAGUCGAAUUCCGACGUGUUCCGCACCCUCGGGGGCCUCAUGGAGAUCGUGCCCUCGGCCAUGGACGGCCUCAACGGCGUCGCCACGAAGAGGCAAUCCUUCAUGGACGGGCGGCGCUAUUUGGAGCACAUGAUCGCGGAGCAUUUCACGGACGCGCGCGGGGAGGCCCAGCUGUACGUGGGGCGUCAGAGCGUCCUUCCGGGGCUGGCGGGCUGGCCGAUCCCCCACGACGCGCCCUACAAGCCGCAGCUCGACCGCCUCAUGAUGAGGAUUCUGGAGGUCUUAUCUCCGUUUCUGAAAUCCUCACACUCCAGCUACCUUUCCUACACACAGGCUGGCCUAUACGAGAAGUGGAGCGAGGACAUGCUAGAGCGAGCGAGAGUAGAGGCUCGACGCCGCCAGAAGAGGAAGCUGCAGGAACUGAGACUGGACGAGGAGGACGUCGGGGUUGAGGUCGAGGAAUCAGCACGCAAGACCAAGCCUCUUACGGUCGUCCACUUGCAGGGUCCUCUUAUACUCUUGCUUCUCGGCCUACUGUUGGGGGGGACGGUGUUCGCCCUAGAGGUCCUCGUGGCCAGAUUAUAG